CCAAGACGUGAGAUUACGAGUAAAUAGGAAGCACCGUCGGCACCCCAUCUUCUGUAAUUUGGUCUCUGUGAGAACCUGAGCCGUGAGCCCUUCACCUCAUCCAUUUCCAUCGCCCUCUCCAACACGGAUUGGCAGCGUGCGCGCAGAAACACCACCACCACCUUACCCACCACUCUACCCACCCAUCCGGAUCGUCCAAGGUCGCACUCUAGCCUCUCGACCAAGGCUCCAUCCCUACCCACCGAGCACCAGUGUUGGAUCGUCACAGGUGACAGGCCUCUUGACAGGCCUAUUUUCAGCGUGCCGACGCCUUACGCUCUGUCACUCGCUUGGUACCCACUUGUCUACAGCGUCUUCCUUGGCCUUCAGCAGCCCUGGUGGCCCUCCUGCUGCACGCGAACAGCACUAAUAGCACUAAACGUCUGACCGACUGGGGAAAGGCGGCCGCAACGGAACCUUCCCCAACUGCUUCACAGUGCCUGGUCCCGUCAGAUCAUCGACACCACCUCAACCUCGACAACAUUCACUCAUCUCCUUCGCCCUCGACCUCGACCUCGACCUCCUCCACUUCUCCUCUCCUACCGACACCGAUCCGACUCGCCCUCUUUUUUCCUACAUCUCUCUAUCCUCAUCGUCGCCACCCAUUUCUUUCGCUUCGCCCCUUCGAAUCUCUCGUUAAACCUCCCAAUCCUACGGCCCCUGAACUAGUUCAGCCCUUCACGCAGACAUUUGGUGUUUCACGCUCGUUGCAAUCCAUUCGCGCGACAACCACCGUCGCUCAUCGACAACACCAGACCAGACUACUAACUACCCAUUCCUGGUCAUCAACAUCAAAUUGACUUCCGCCAUCAUCCGAUCAAUUCUUCGUAUCCAACGUCAAACGAAACAAGCUCUCGAGGCAUCGAACCUUUAACGGUCCUGCGCUUUCCAACCGCCUCGAGGCACGCGGUAGCUCUUGCGAGCAAUCCAUCGCAACCGUGGCUUAUCGAUUAGAAUCCCGUAGUAGUCUGUUGCCGGAUGGUACAGUAGGAGGAUAUUUUAGCAGAGAAGGAAUAAUCGAACCAGUUCAGAAACCAAGAUUCAGGAUGUACAUGUAAGCAGCGAACAGGGCAUCCAUCUAUCGCAGCGCCAUCUCCAGUACUAACGGGGGAAUAGACCAAAUUCAAGAUGGACGUGGGGGUUCUUAAUUACCACUGCUGCGCAGGCCCUUAUGGUUUUGGGAAUUGAGAUGUACGUGACUAGUCGCCAUCGGAGGGACGCCUGCUAAUCCUGAAUCUAGAUAUGUCUUCACCAAGUUCCAGAUAGCUUUGAAGCCUGCCGGGGAUAGUGUUCCUCAAGGAAAAACUAUACCUACCUAUCUUACGCUUUUCAUCUUCGGCUUCAUAUACCAGCUCGUAUUGGUAUACGACUCGUUGCGAAUGAAAAACACCAUUCAGGUCAUUGGAUUGUGCUUGUACAAUGUUGGAAUGCUGAUAUACGCCGCUAUUCAAUUCGACCAGGUCGAUCGCGCAAUUGGCGUAUUGAAAGUCUUAGGCCACAUUGACGCGACGAACCCUCUAUGGUUCGACGUGAAACCAUAUCUUGUGGCCGUGCCAUGUAUAAUUGCAUUCUGGACUGUCGUACAGGCAUUCAAUGCUUGGAAACUCUAUGAUGAGUUUGCCUGGACUAUUUACAAACACAUCAGUGCAGACCUUCGCAUGAAGAGAAGGUUCUUGACCUUCCAGGUAAGUAAAUUGGUUCCUGGCUCCCUAGAUGAGUAUUAAUUUUACCACAGAUUUAUAUCACCCUACUCAAGUUUGACUUUUUCUUCUUCCUUGGAUUUACCGUUCAAUUCCUCGUCAUCGUUACUGGGAAGACCGAUGCCGAGCUUGGUCUAACGAUUGCUGCAAUUCCCAUCACGAUUCUCAUUCUGUUCAUGUCGGCAUACUGGACUCGACGCGAGAAUAAAAUUGGCACCAGUACCUCCAUUCUUAUUUUCUUCUGUGGAAUGGCAUACUUCGUUUUCAAGCUUGCUCGAAUGUAUCAAAAAGACCACGAGGAGUAUUACAAGCCGGUCCGUAAGAAUUUGACAAGUUUUGCUGUCAUUACCAUUCUCCUGAUUGUUCUUACCAUCACCAACGCUAUCACCUGUAUGAUGAACUUCAACAAAGGCUUGAAGCAACAUGUGAUGAGUCGCAAGAUCACAGAUGAAGAUACCGAGAAGUUAGGAGGUACCAUGACCGAAUUACCGGAUCUCAAACCUGGACACCAGCCGACAUCGAGCAGAAUGACUAUCGAUUAAGUUGUGGUUAAUGCGGGACAAAUUUGGGUUUAUGGGAUCAAGGGGUGUAUUUGGAAGGGGAAAAGCUGUAGCAUGUCAUAUAUACUAGUAGCCUCUCUUUAAGAAGCGGCUACUUGCUUUUUUUCUUUUUUUCUUUCUCUGUCGUUUCUCGAAUCAUAUGUCUUGGGCCAGUGUGGCUUUGAUUUUUUCAUCAAGACUGGCAGUCAUGGUUUUUCUUUCUCAUACCCGGGGCGUUAGGAGAUUGUGUUUUCUUGAAUUUUUUUUGUGCCUCCGAUUGGGAAGCCUUAGUUUACCCCUUUCCUAAUUUGGGUAAGGGGGAAAGGGAAUUAUCAUCAGAUGUGAUCUCUGUUUUACGAAUUUGAGCGACGCCUUUUUUUCUUUCUUUUUUCGAUUUGAUUUGAUUUGAUUUGAUUUGACUGGGUGGUUGAGAUAAGUAUGGAUGGAUUGAGGGAUGGAUGGAUGGAAUCUCCUGAAUACAAUAACAUGAAAUACUGAUUUGAU